GUCUAGUACUCUAGUUUAUGCUCUAGUUUCAACAUUGGUCUGUGAUUGUAGUGUUCUGUUUUUGUGCAGUUUGAGAUUUAAGUUUUAACAUAAUAAAAUAGUAGUAAUUAAAAUAACAAAUUGGUAGUAAUAAUUAAGUUUCACAACCUUGAUACGGUAUAUGUAUUUUGGAUUUCAUAAUUUGGAAGAGAUGUUGUUUCUAUGUGAUAAAGCACUUUGAAAGUUUUGGACUGAUGUCUAAUAAUGUAUUGAUUUACAGAGUGGCUUCCUUAAAAUGACAUAAUAAUGAUUAAGCUUCUAUUCUAUUGUAAGGGUUGAGGUAUAAUGUAUGAUAGUACUUGCGGUGCGGCUGCAAGCGGUCAGUGUGGAGCCCCACAGCACGAUUGCGAUGGAGUUACAUCGCGGGAUCCUCCCCCGGCGCCUGUUGAGCAGGACUACAGUGGUUUUGAUAUCGUUAAAGCGACCCAAUACGGCGCCUAUAAUCGUGUUAAAGAGCUAGUUGAGGCUGGCUGGGACGUAAACCAGCCUGAUUAUGAGACUGUUACUCUUCUCCAUUGGGCUGCUAUCAACAACAGACGAGAGAUAAUAGAAUACCUUCUCUCAAAAGGUGCCAAGGUCGAUGCUAUCGGUGGGGAGCUUCAAUCGACACCCUUGCAGUGGGCCACCCGACAGGGCCACCUUGAGGCGACUGUGCUAUUGGUGCGCGCGGGGGCGGACCCCACCCUGCGCGACGCCGAAGGCUGUGGAAGCUUGCAUUUGGCGGCGCAGUAUGGCCACACAGCGGUAGUGGCGUACCUAGUGGCGCGUGGCGUCGAGCCCGAUGCGCCCGACGCUGGAGGCAUGACUCCUCUCAUGUGGGCCGCCUGGAAGGUCACCUCGGUGGAUCCCUGCCGUCUGUUGCUUUCGCUCGGCGCGUCGCCCAAUCCUCAGGACCAAUCCCACGGCAACACGGCUCUGCACUGGGCAAUUCUAGCGAGAAACACGACGGCCAUAUGUACUUUAGUUCUUUACGGCAAUGCGAGCCUGGACAUACCGAACCACCGAGGCGCCACCCCGCUGAGUAUGCUCCAGAGCGAUCCCAAAGCGAUUUGGGUCGGCAGCAAAGUUUCAGAAAGGGUUCGAGAACUGACUACCUCAAAGAGUAACUUUUUACGAAGGAUAACGUACGAUAGAAAAUUCCGAUGGUGGUGCGUGGUGAUCCUGCCUUCUCUGGCGUUCUACGUGACGGGGCUGGUGUUGGAGACCGACGUGCCGCGUCCGCUCAAGGUGCUCAUCCUGGUCUCCCUCUACGCCUCGUUGCAUUUCACCACCAACUCGCUCUUCGACGACGAGCUGAAGAACAUAUUACCGUUGAGCGUGUACAUGGCGACGAAGCUGUGGUUCUACGUGACGUGGAUGGUGGUGAUCGCCCCGGCCGUGAGCGGCGCGGCCACCUUCGGCUUCCUGGCCAGCUCGGCGCUCCUGUGGUAUACGUUCCUGCGCUCGUGGCGCUCCGACCCCGGCGUGAUCGCGGCGUCGCGGGCCGACAAGCUGCGCACCAUCGUGGAGCUGUCGGAGCGCGGCGGCGGCGGCGCCUUCGAGGCGGCGCGCUUCUGCUCGGCCUGCCUCGUGCGGCGGCCGCUGCGCUCCAAGCACUGCUCCGUGUGCAACCGCUGCGUGGCGCGCUUCGACCACCACUGCCCCUGGGUGGGCAACUGCAUCGGCGCCGGCAACCACCGCCACUUCGUGGGCUUCCUGCUGUGCCUGCUGGCCAUGUGCGGCUGGAUGGUGUGGGGCGGCGUGCGAUACUACCGCGCCUCGUGCGGCCCGGACCCGCUGGCCUGGCCGCAGUGCGACGCGUGGCUGGCGUGGGUGCUGCUCAACGCGCUGUUUCACCUGUUCUGGGUGUCGGUGCUGAGCGGCUGCCAGCUCUACCUGGUGGUGUGCCUCGGCAUGACCACCAACGAGCAGCUCAAUCGCGGACGAUACCCGCACUUCCAGGCGCUGGGCGGCCGUUCGCCGUUCAGCCGCGGCCCGCUGCGCAACCUGGCCGACUUCCUGCAGUGCGGCCCCGCAGCCGCGCGCGCGCACCACCACGUGUGACUCUUCGUUUUCUUUUCUCUUGUCGCUCAGGUGCUACGGGUACAUAAAAUGUCUUUCCGUCGGUACAAUAGCGUUAGUCCCGAACGCACUUAGCUUAUCUAUUUAUUUUGAAUGUCGGGACGGUCGGUACGAAAGAUGAGUACCGCACCGCGAGCGUCAUUAGAUGCAUUUGAUCAAAUAAAUGAUAUUAUUCACUGUAAA